GGGUCCUUGUGUGUCAGGAAGGGUGGAGGGGACGUCCUGCGCUCCUGUCUCUGACAUAUCGGAUAAUAAUCUGACGCGAUGAUCCCCAACGAGGACGCGUCCUCCAGGAAGAGGGAGAUAGAGGAGAAGCUGAAGCAGGAAGAGGAAAUGCUGACCUUCAUCAAAGAGAGUCUGGAUAAGAGCGACCAGCUGACCAACAAUAUGGUGUCCAUCCUUUCUUCCUUCGAGAGCCGACUUAUGAAGUUGGAAAAUUCCAUCAUCCCCGUCCACAAGCAAACAGAGACGCUACAGCGGCUGCAGGAGAAUGUGGACAGCACUCUUUCCUGCCUCGAUCACGUGAUUAGUUAUUACCAUGUGGCCACAGAAACAGAAAAGGUCAUCAAAGACGGACCAUCAGGACGACUAGAGGAAUACCUUAGCUGUAUCGCCAAAAUUCAGAAGGCAGUAGAAUAUUUUCAAGACAACAAUCCAGACAGCCCUGAGCUAAACCGAGUGAAAUCGCUAUUUGAAAAAGGUAAAGAUUCCCUGGACGGCGAGUUCCGGAACCUCCUGCAGAGGCACAGUAAGCCGGUUCCUCCUAUUCUUAUCCUGGACCUGAUCGGUACAGAUGAGGAGAUUGAGGGACAGGAGGAAGGGGUGCUGGAGCACCUUCCAGAGGGGAUCCUGCAGGACGUUAUACGCAUCUCUCAGUGGUUGGUGGAAUACGGGAGGAACCAAGACUUCAUGAAUGUAUAUUGCCAGAUUCGCUCCAGCCAACUGGACCGAUCUAUUAAAGGUCUCAAAGAGCAUUUCCGAAAGAACAGCUCUUCCUCUGGCGUUCCUUAUUCUCCCGCUGUGCAAAACAAGAGGAAGGACACUCCGACCAAGAAACCGGCCAAGAGACCAGUCUUCAUGCCAGGCACUAUCCGAAAGGCUCAAAAUCUCCUCAAACAGUACUCCCAGUACGGGCUUGAUGGGAAAAAGGGAGGGUCCGGCCUCGGCGUCCUUGAAGGUAAUGAACAAGAUUCACGUAGCAGAUACCACGGAGAUGCUGUGGGGGAGAAACACGGUACAACGUUAGGGAAGGACGAUGUGCUGGAUUUUGAGAUAGAUACUUACGUUUACUGCAUCAGUUCCUUUGUGCGUCUGGCACAGAGCGAGUACCAGCUUCUGCUUGAUAUCAUUCCUGAGCACCAUCAGAAGAAAACCUUUGAUUCUCUCAUUCAGGAGACGCUGGAUAAUCUUAUUCUGGAAGGGGAAAAUAUUGUAUUGGCCGCCAAGAAAGCCAAUUCCAGGCAUGACUUCACCUCCGUGUUGAGUAUAUUCCCCAUAUUACGUCACCUCAAACUCACCAAGCCAGAGUUUGACAAAGUUCUUCAGGGUACGGCUGCCAGCACCAAGAACAAACUUCCAAACCUUAUUACUUCUAUAGAGACGACUGGUGCCAAAGCUCUGGAGGAUUUUGCAGACAGUAUUAAGAAUGAUCCGGAUAAGGAGAACAGCAUGUCUAAAGAUGGCACCGUGCAUGAACUUACCAGCAAUGCCAUUCUCUUCCUACAACAGCUUCUAGAGUUCCAGGAGACUGCAGGAGCCAUGCUUGCUUCACAAGAGACCAGCUCGGCGGCCAGCAACUACAGCUCCGAAUUCAGCCGACGUCUCCUCAGUACUUAUAUCUGUAAAGUUCUCGGAAACUUGCAGCUAAAGCUCCUGUCCAAAUCAAAGAUGUACGAGGACCUGGCUCUGGGGGCUAUAUUUCUGCACAACAAUUAUAACUACAUCCUGAAGUCACUGGAAAAGUCGGAGCUCAUGCAGUUGGUGUCUGUGACCCAGAAGGAUCCUGACAAUCUGUAUCGUGAGCACAUAGAACAACAGAUCCAGAUCUACCAGCGAAGCUGGCUCAAGGUAACUGACUACAUCAAUGACAGGAACAUGCCAGCACUUCAAGGAACGAAGCUGAAGGACAAAGAGAGACAGAUGAUAAAGGAACGCUUUAAGGGGUUUAAUGAAGGCCUGGAAGAAAUCUGCAAGAUCCAGAAGUCAUGGGCUAUUCCAGACAAAAAACAGCGUGAGCGGAUCCGACAGUCACAGAAGAAAAUUGUGCAGGAGGCGUACGGAGCGUUCUUACACAAGUAUGGCACUGGUGUCAAUUUCACCAAGAAUCCAGAUAAAUACAUAAAAUACUCUGUAGAACAUGUAGGGGAUAUGAUUGAGAGACUUUUUGACACAUCGGCAUGAAGAAUGCCUCUCACUCGAGCCUGUGUAUAUAUUUUAUGUCACAGUACUGUAUAUAACUGAGAACCUAACGUAAUAAACGCUAAUACUGGUGUGUAGA